CCAUUUUGGGCGCAGUUGCAAAAGUUACGUGAAAAGGCAAAGGACAACAGUUACUUUUAUACAUCCCUGCGAAACAUUGCGCGUGUGUUGGUGCGGAAAAAUGAUUAAAUAUACAAAAAUGAAAGAAAUCCAUUGAAUAACUGAUUCGAAGCCAAGCUAAAACCGAGUGUGCAAAUAUGAGAAAUACUGCGAAAAGUACACAAAUUGGAAAAGCCAGCUAAAGGAGGAAAGCCUAAAAACCCACCGUCAAACAAACAAACAACAACAACGGCGGCUCAAUUGUCACGAUGACAAACGCCAGCUGAAGAAGACACUGUCGGUUUAUUGGCCCCCGAAAAAAACCCGUAGUCUAGAGCCCCUGGAGCGCCGAGGAGUGGCAGUGGUCACCAUGCGGCGUCCGAAGAUAUCCCUCAAGAAGUACUUCUACCUAACUCUGAUCUGCGCCCUCCUCCUCAUAUUCGGUUUCAGUCUCAAAGAGCGCGAAAUAUGGAAGACGCUGAGUCCACGAUCAUCACAGAUAACCACACAGCAGCAGCAGCACCAGCAUCUGCAUCAACUGCAGUCCAUGGACGAGGAGCAUCCGAUGGCCACCAGCUCCACUCCACCGCCGCUUGCGGCCACUUUACUGCCCGAAAUGGCGGAUAAUCUCGUCGAGGAGCCGGAGCAGACGGUUCUGGAGGAGGAGGAAAGCGAGGCGGAUCGCCUGCAAGAGCCGCCGGCGGAAAAGGCCUGGUUCUUCAAGAACGGAGAGUACUAUCCACAGCCGGCCAAGACCUACAGCAAUCGCAAGGCCAGGAAGCGGCAUGCCCCACGAUUGCUGCCGCAUCAGGAUCCCUAUUCCGAUCGCAUUAUUAACCAGCUAAUGUACGUGCCGCACAACUACGAGGAGAUCAAGUCCAGCGGCAAACUGAAGACCAUACUACUCUACAACGGAUUGGGGCCGUGGAACGUGAAGAAGGGUCGCGACGUCUUCCUGAAAGCCAAGUGUCCCGUGGACACCUGCGAACUGACUGCCAAUCGCGAUCUGGCCAGCACGGCCGACUUGAUCCUCUACAAGGAUCACUACAUACCCACGGGCAUUCGGAGGCCCAGCAACUCCAAGCAGGUGUCCAUGCUGUACUAUCUGGAGUGCCCGUAUCACACGCAGAAUGUCAAGGUGCCCGAUGCCAUCAACUGGACGGCCACCUACAGACGAGACAGUACAAUUGUAGCACCCUAUGAAAAGUGGCAGUACUACGACACAAAGGUGCAGCAGCAGGAGCAGGAUAUCAACUACUCCGUCAACAAGACCAAGAAAGUGGCCUGGUUUGUGUCCAACUGUGGAGCGAGGAAUGGCCGGCUCCAAUAUGCCCAUGAACUACAAAAAUAUAUCGAGGUUGACAUCUAUGGAGCGUGUGGCAACUUCAAGUGCUCCCGCAGCACAGCGGACAAGUGCUUCGAGAUCCUGGACAACGACUAUAAGUUCUAUCUGGCUUUCGAGAACUCCAACUGCAAGGACUACAUCACGGAGAAGUUCUUCGUGAAUGCGCUGAACAGAAGGGUUCUGCCAAUUGUCAUGGGCGCCCGGCCAGAGGACUACGAGGUGAGUGCUCCGCGAAGGUCCUACAUCCACGUCGACGAGUUCUCAUCGCCCAAGGAGCUGGCCGAGUAUCUGCGCAUCCUGGACCACGACGACGAGCUGUACAACUCGUACUUCAAGUGGAAGGGCACCGGCGAGUUCAUCAACACGUACUACUGGUGUCGCGUGUGUGCCACGCUCCACAACGAGGAGCAACUGCGCAAGCCACGCUGGUACACGGAUCUCAAUGACUGGUGGCGGGGACCCGGAGUCUGCACGACGAGAUCCUGGCGCAACUUCAAGGCACGCAAGGACGUCAUCAGCGACUCCAGCGACGACUGAGUCCAGGUGUUAGAUGCGAUCCAGAUCGUGGGCAUGGGCAAUGUGUAGAUCAAAUGGCAUUAUCAUUCAACAGUGAGUCGUUCGCUUCUGAAUUUGUUGUUUCGUAGGUAUCACCUUCUCCACUUUCACUAUCACUAUCCACUGGAUGGGUCCCUUCUGAUUUUGGAAAAUUCAAUCGUGCAAUAGUUAGUAUUAAAUCGAAAUGAAUAAUUGCCAAAUACUAUAUUAUUUAAAUGAUUUGUUGACACCUAUUCUAUAAAGUAGUUAAUAGCUUUAUUUAAAAACUUCUCCGAUUUCUAGUCCAAAUUAUUUUUGAGAACAGAAAAAUCGACCCAUCCUACGCUAAUCCAUGUGUAAA